AUGGGCUGGCUGUACUCUUUUGGGCUAAACGUCACUACUGUGUUCCGAGACACUCCAGCAGCCAUUUCCAAUCAGCAUCUUCCUUUUCUGGGGAGGGAGGGGGGUGGCUCCUACCUCCGGGGCCAUCAAAGUGGAGGCAGGCCUGGCCAGCGUGACGAGCCUGUUAACUACAGUGCUAAAGACAAUGUGCCUGAGAACCGCUGUUGGGCGCUGCUGGAGCUGCAGAGGUUCAACCUGUGUCAGGCACUACGGGGCACAGGGCACAGCGAACACUGCAGCCCCAGGAGUGAGAGGCAAUUGUCCCAGGUGACCAUUGCCAGUGUCUUGCACACAGAGACAUGCCAGCACCUGAAGGUAUCCCCAUAGGUGGGGCUGGUGUUAGGUGAGACCAGGCAUUGGGCAGAGACCCAUAGUCUGGCCCUGUUUGCCACUUCGGUGUCUCCAUGGGAUGGCCAGCCUGCUCCUACCACUUUCUUGGACAGUGUGAAGCUACAGGAGGGUGACUUGGGCAUCCUAUAGGUCUUUGGCAUAUCCGCAUCCAAACCAGCCCGGCUCGGUUCAAGCCUCUCCAGUGAUGGCCCAGGGAGCGUCAGCCUGUAGCUCAGGGUUACUUGCCCACUGCUUACGGAUCUUCACUGUCUCCCUGGCCAGACAGACCCUAAGCCCCAUGCCUAGCUGGGUGAAUAUGAGAGCAGAUCGCAUGCCUUGUUCCAUCUGCAUGGUGGCCCAAGUUCCCUUAUGCUCCCUGAGCUCCGUGGAGCCUUAGACUUUGCAGCUAUUGACUUAGGGAAAAGAGCUGGGCGCGCAUGGGGAGGGGGCUUUCGCGCCUCCCAUGGACUGCUAGCACCCUGGGCGGGCGACUUUGCCCUCUUCAAGGGCUUAUUGGCCAGCCUCUGGCAUCCGCCACCGGCCCUGUGCUCCAAGCUGGCCUGCGCGUACUCCGAACUACAGGAACUCUUCCCCAACUUCGCCAGCCUAGCCGCCCUGUCUGCUCGUGGGGAAGGGCUGCUGGACGAGGUGGGCCCUGGCAGCCAGGUGGUGAAGACCAUGGUGGCUGGGCACCCGCUGUAUGGGUUUGAUUUUUGA